AAAAACAGUCACUGUCGGUAUUAUAGUUUGACAUGCAACAAUCAUGUGCGUACACGGUCUGCAUUUAUUUGUUAUUAAAUAAUUGGUGAAAGUUCGUAACAAAUUGAUGGUAUUAUAAGACUACAGAGAAAUAAAAAAAAUAUUUUGCUAUUAUUUAUAAACGUCAAGGCGACAACAAUAAAUUUUUUAAUAUGAAUCAAUUAAAAAGUACUUUGUUUCUAUUUCAAAGAGGUUAUCGUAGCUCCCGAAAAUUUAAAACUCCGAAAGUACCACGAGAUAAAAAUACUAGAGAUGAGAAAAAACUGUAUCCUAACAUCCAAGACACCGAUAUCCAAAUUGAUGAAGACUACACUGAACAUGAUAUGGAUGAACCCGAUCUUUCAUUUGCUCAUAUAUCAUACGACCAACAUAGGAGGGAAUCAUAUAUAGCAAAACAUAAGCUAAAAGGAAGAAUCGUCGCACAGAAAUAUUUUAAAUCUGAAAAUCCAAAUUUUAUAACGUGGGCUGAAAGAGAUCAAAUAAAAAGUUUACAUAAAAAAGACAGCAUUGAAUGGACUCCAGAUCGACUUAGUCAAUCGUUUCCUGCAUUACCAGAAACAAUAUAUAAAUUAUUAAAAUCUAAGUGGACCCCAAAAUCAGUGGAGGUUGUAGCCAAGUAUGACCAGAAAAUAAUUGAAAAUUGGGCACAAUUUAAGGCGGGGAAUUUAAAUGUUGAGCCUCGGCUUGCAGCUCAUUUAGAAAAUUUCAAAGGCCGUAAAAUUCAAGUUACAGAUUUGAAAGAAAUAGCAGAAAAAUUUGUCAAACCACCCCGGGUUUUUCCAACUCCUAAGAGCAAAGUUUUUACAAGCAUCGUACAAAAUUAUAUCGAACAAACGAAAGCAGGUGAAGGAAAUACUAAACCACUGGAAAUUACUGAUGGUAAAACAAAAAGGAAAACGAAAAUUACAGACAUGACUUUGUUCCAUUCGACUGAUAAAUCUAAAGGCGCAAAGUAUACAACAUAUGAAAACUUUCUUGAAGAUAACGUUAACAAAAUUUCUGAUAAAAAAGAAUUGGAUAUUGAGGAUCAUCUGCUUAUUAAUGAAUACAAACAGCAGCAAAAUAAAGUACCGGUUUUGAAUAAUUUCGAUACAAAUGUGUCUGUAAAAAAUGAAGACAAUUCAGUAGAAGAAGCAGCAACGUCAGAUGAAUCUAAAGUUUCAAUACCAGUGCCGGAAUUUGAUAUAGAUAAGAAUAGUUUGGAAACUGGAAUUCUUGAAUGGAAAAAGAAAGAAUUCGGUGCUGAAGAAGACUAUCCAAGAUUUAUUAAAAUACCACGUGCGAAAGCUAAGCUAGGAGUGACUUUCAAAAUAAAAGAUCGAUAUUAUGACAGCGAUGGGGAAUUUUUAUACAGGGUACCGGGAUUAAGAUCGUAAAUGUCAAUGAUACUGAAGUUAGCCGACGUUUAAUAAUUUUUGAAUUUUAAAAAACGAUAAAUUGUAAAGAAAAAAUAUUUGAAAAAUUGCAACUCUAGCUUUUUUAAUUUUCUACAUGUGCAUAUUUUUAGUUUUUUUUCUUUGCAAUUGAUUUGUUGAAAAGAAAAUCCGAGGAUUGUUAAUUGUCUGCUAACUUUGAGAU